AUGUCAAAUCUAGUAGGUAAGGAUUCGGAUUCAGCACUGAAAAUUGCAGAAAAAGUAGUGGGAAAGGAUACUGAAAGUAUUGUGCUCGAAAAUAACGAAAUAGAAAUAGAAAAUGUAUUUUCACAAUCAAAGCAAUAUGUUGAACAAGAAAAAGAGAUUUCUGUUUUAACAGCUAUUAGAAAAUAUCCUCGUGAAAUUUUAUGGUCAUCUGUUUUUACCCUAGGUGUUGUUAUGGCUGGUUAUGAUGGACAAAUUAUUGCUUCAUUUUAUAGUUUACCAGCUUUUCAAAAAAAGUUUGGUGUUUUAGGUUCAGAUGGCACGUACCCGGUUCAAUCAUCUGUACAAAUAGCUUUAGGUAUGGGUAGUCCCAUAGGGCAAGUUAUCGGGUGUCUAUUUGGCGCUUAUCCCAUGGAAUGGUUUGGUAGAAAAUGGACAUAUGCUGCUACUUUAAUUUGUUGUAUUGGGUUUGUAUUUUGGCAAUUCUUUGCACCAAAUAUAGGUGUUUUAAUUGCAGGUGAAAUUAUCGGAGGUCUUUUCUGGGGUGUUGUUGUUUUGAUUGGUCCAACUUAUGCUUCAGAAAUUUCUCAAAUCAAAUUACGUGGUGUUUUAACCACUUUAACCAAUAUGGGAUUUGUUAUUGGUCAAUUUGUUGCUAAUGGUGUUGCUGAUGGGUUUGCCACAAACACUAGCAAGUGGGCCUACAAGGUGCCCUUUGCUAUUCAAUUUAUUUGGCCAGUUCUGAUCUUAGUUAUUCUACCCUUUGCUCCAGAAUCGCCAUACUGGUUGGUUCGUAAGGGUAAAAUGGAUGCUGCCAAAAAAUCCGUUAGGAAAAUAUGUGGUCCAAAGGCUAGCGAGGAAAUUGUUGAAAACAGAUUGAUGGUUAUUGUUAAUACUACUUCCUUGGAAGACGAAUUAGAAAAAAGCAGUUCGUACUGGGAUUUGUUCAAGGGUAGUAAUUUAAGGAGAACAGAAGUUGCAACUGUAGUAUACAGUAUACAAGUUUUCUGUGGUGUUCCAUUUGCUGUCAAUUACUCCACCUAUUUUUUUUCCAUUGCCACUGACAUUAAAACAUCUGUUUCCUUUGAUUUGGCUUUGGGCUCUGCUGCUAUCGGAUUUGCAGCCACCUGUUCUGCAUGGGUGUUCUUGUCUUAUUUUGGUAGAAGGUUUAUCUACAAUGUUUGCAUGGUGCUAUUAACUACAGUCUUGUUUGUUAUUGGAUUUUUAGAUUGUCCAAAAAGUUACACUAGUCAUGAGUCCUUAGCAUAUGCACAAGCUUCUUUGAUGUUGGUUUGGAACUUUAUUUAUCAAAUGUCUGCAGGAGCUACCGCUUUUACUAUUAUCUCUGAAAAUAGUGCUAUGAAUGUUCGUUCUAAAACUAUUGCUUUUGCUACAGCAGUCCAAGCUUUAUUCUUCAUUGUGGCUACAGUUGUAGUUCCAUAUAUGUUGAAUCCUGAUAAUGGUAACUUAAGAGGUAAAACAGGCUUUGUUUUCGGGGCUUUUUGUUUCGUUUGUACAGUUUGGUCCUUUUUCAGAUUACCUGAGACUUCUGGUAGAUCAUACGAAGAAUUAGAUAUCAUGUAUCAUAGAGGUAUACCAGCUAGAGAAUUCAAAAAUUAUGAUUGUUAUGCAGAAAUUAAUAACACCACUAUUUUUGUCAACGACAAAGAUGAAAACUCAUUAACAGAGUUAUAA